AUAAAUGAAGUAAACGAAGAAAAGACUUCUACUAAUUGAACUCCACCGCCGACUAGGUUGCUUGGUCCUAGUACGUCACCGGAUCAGUUGGGCCUUCCGUGGGUGUUCUGUGGAAUUAAUAGAAGUGAAAAGUUUGGAUCUGGAGAGAGUGCCUUGAGGUGACGUAAAGCUAUUCUUAGAGACAUUUGGUUAUUGAGAUGUGUACCUGAAAGUUGGAGGGGGAAGGAGUGGUGCUUCAAGGAUAGGAGUCUAAUAGUUAUAGUGGAAACACAGUACUCAUGCUAACAAUGACAGCGACAAGCAAUGGGUAAAUACAGCAAUGAAUGCAUACAGACAGAGUGAAUGACAAGAUGAGUUCGGCGAAAGUAGUGCAGGCGACAUCUACAGCCAACGAGUCACACCUAGCAGAUCUGACCAAUCAAAGUCAUGUGGGCGGGUCACCCAGGGACGGUAACUCUCACCCGUCCCUCACAAGAGCGGUUACUCGUAUGAUUCUAAGGGAGAAGACGUUUGUGACGCAACUGAAGAAGGCCAAAGUAAACGAUAAUUUCAGUUCUGUGACUGUGGAAGACAAAGAUGACAGCGAUGAUGAUGACGAUCGACAUGAAGACGUUGUAGCUGUUGUUAUUGACGAACAGAAUGAUGACGAUGUAGAUUUUAAUUUUGAUGAUGACGAAGAGGAGAAACAAGACGAGAUUCGAAAGAGAGCGAGGAGAAAAGUGCUGGACACAAAGACCAUCUACAUCCGCGCCUGUGAGAAGUAUAGACUGUUUCCCAACCACAGUUUCGCCUCCCAGAUACCCAAGGCGAGCGUCUCGCUCAGAAGUCACCAGAUCGGCGCGAGACAAGUCAAACCAAUCGCAAUAUCCUUAGUGCGGGACAGAUUGAUUUAUUUCCUCGACUUAUCCUACAACAACAUCGGGCCUGUUGGUGUCAUGUACAUCGCUGAGAUGUUGCAGGAAAACAACACCAUCAUUGACCUGAAUCUGUCUGGUACGUACCCUGGAAGAGAGGGGCUGGAAGCUUUAGCUGAAAUCUUGCCACUUAACAAAACUCUUAGAGUUCUGCAUUUAUCAGAUAACCGUAUAGAGCACACAGAAGCCCACAUAAUAGCCACCAUCAUAAAGACGUCUGCGAGUCUUCGCGAGCUGUAUGUAGCUCACAACAGACUGGGUUUCCACGGCGGUCGUGCAAUAGCCCAUGCUCUCUCAACCAACACGUCUCUGCGGACCUUGGACCUCCAGUGGAACCACCUGAGACGUGACAGCGCUGUCGAGAUCGGCAGAGCUCUAGCGUCAAACAAGGGUCUGAAGUUACUAAACGUGGCUUGGAAUGGGUUUGGCAAGGAGGGGUGUAUCGCCAUGGCGCAGGCCCUCCCCAAGAAUCUCACCUUGCUCGAGUUGGACUUGACGUGCAAUAGAGUCGACUUCCUGUCUCUCGGCUUUCUGCUAAAAGGGCUGGCCAAGAACCGGGGACUGCAGGCCAUAAACUUGGGGUGUAACCCUAUGACGACGGAAGGUGCUAAGGCCCUGGUGCAGGCGCUGGGGUCAUCUAAAGUCAGUCAGAUCGUAAACAUUGACUUACAGGACGUUCCAAUAGACGGCGCUUUCGUGCAAUUGGUGAAGUCGUUCCAGAAUGGGCGGACCUUGACAGUGAAACACGGUCACGAGAUGAAACUGGGAACCACCGUGGAGUCCAACGAACACGACGCGACCAAUCUGAGCCGGUACGAUCCGGUUCUGGUGCUGUUCGAGUAUAUGCGAUUGGACAAUCUCCGUCUGAUUGACAUGUUCAAGAGUUUUGACGUCACGCACACCGACAAACUUAGAAAAAACGAUUUUAGAGAGGGUUUAAGUACGCUGAAAAUCCCAAUCACUGAGCAUGCGCUGGAAAUCAUUAUGGAAAAGUUGGAUUUAAACAAAGAUGGCGUCGUAGAUCUUGAAGAAAUGAUAAAAGGUCAUCGUGAGAUCUCGAGACAAGUCAACCAGAGACAGCUGAAGGCCAAGGCUAAGCGGCGUGAAGACGAGGGUCUGAUAUCACUGCGCAGAAUCCUCAAAGAAAUCAUUCAAAAGCGAAAGGUGGACCAAGAAAUGAACGCCGGCAAAAACAGGACUCAAAGUCAAGAUCCGCAAACAAACGCCAGACGCCAGUCACGCAUGCGCACAACUGGUGCUGGUCAAGCUGCAAAUACACGUUUGAAAAAAGCCAGCAUUGUAAAAGUAGCUCAACCGAAAUACGUUACGUCGAAGCAAAAAACUUUAGGAAUUAAAUUCGUUGAUACAGUAAAAACCAAAUGACAGAUGUCGGAAAAUAUUUCCAACUUGCAAUUUGAUUUUACUCGCCUCAAGUGCUCUUAAUGAAAUCUUCUUUAUUGUUAUCCAGCAUGCUGAAGACGAUUCAGUAAACCUACACAGGUUCAUAUUAAAACAAAUAUAUAAAUUA